UUCUUUCGGUGACUCCGAUAAAAACACAACACAUAAAAAAUACUGCUUCAAUUCUUCAAUUUCUUUCUACAAUGGCACGCAAGUAUGACAAAUUCUUGGAGCUAUAUGGGUACGAUUUACUAUUGGGGUCAAUUGCUGCGUUCUAUGUGUUAAUGGUACCUUACACUAAGGUAGAAGAAAGUUUCAAUGUUCAGGCUAUGCAUGAUAUUUUGUACCACAGGCAUCAGAUAGAGAAGUAUGAUCAUCUGGAAUUCCCUGGAGUUGUACCUCGCACAUUUAUCGGGGCUCUUCUUGUAUCUAUUUUGGCAUCUCCAGUUGUUCUCCUGAUGAAUUUGCUACACGUGCCAAAACUGUAUAGUCUCUAUGCAGUACGACUGGUAUUGGGUGGUAUCAUGCUGUCUACAUUACGAUUUUUUCGCAUUCAGAUCAAGAAGAAGUUUGGAUCUCAAGUUGAAGCAUUCUUUGUUAUCCUGACAGCAUCUCAGUUUCAUUUGCUGUUCUAUUGCACUCGUCCUCUUCCAAAUAUAUUGGCAUUUGCUUUAGUAAAUUUGGCAUAUGGCUUUUGGUUUAAGGGACGUCUGUAUGCUGCAUUAAAUUGCAUGGUGUUUGCGACAUUAGUCUUCAGAUGCGACAUACUUCUGCUCAUUGCUCCUUUGGGUUUGGAGCUCUUGCUGACUAAAUCAGUUUCUUUCUGGAAAGCACUGACAUUCUGCUUAGCUGCUGCUUUCCUCUCCAUAGGCCUUACCGUUCUUGUUGAUUCAGUCAUUUGGAAAAGGUUGUUGUGGCCUGAACUAGAAGUUUUCUGGUUCAACUCUGUUUUGAACCGGAGUUCUGAAUGGGGUACACAUCCUUUCCACUGGUACUUCACGUCAGCGCUUCCCCGUUCACUGCUUGCUGCAUACCCGCUUUUUUUGCUUGGGGUUCUACUGGACAGAAGGGUUUUCUUCUACAUCCUUCCAGUUCUCUCUUUUGUUCUACUGUACUCAAAGCUUCCGCACAAGGAGCUCCGCUUCAUAAUUAGUUCCAUUCCUGUCUUCAACUUUGCAGCAGCUGUUGCAGCUAGCAGACUGUAUAAUAACAGGAAAAAGAGUUUCUGGAAGUUUCUGUAUAUUGCUAUGUUGGGAUUAAUACUUGGCAGUUUAGCCUGCACAACAGUUUUUUUCAUGGCAUCGUAUGAAAACUAUCCUAGUGGUUAUGCUCUAAAAUCUCUGCAUAGGAUAGGUGGUGUGACAAAGAAUUCAGAUGAACUCAGGGUUCAUAUUGACACUUUUUCAGCGAUGAAUGGGAUAUCCCGAUUUUGUGAAUAUAAUUAUCCAUGGAGGUACUCUAAAGAAGAAAAUAUUUCUCUGGAAGACUUGCAGAUGAGAAAUUUCACAUAUCUUCUCAAUGAGAAUUCCUACAUCGAAGGAUUCAAAUGUCUGAUGAGUGUGGAUGGUUUUUCUCGGGUUCGCAUACGAAUUGGAUUUCCUCCAAUAUCAUUUGCUAAGGAACCAAAGGUGUUUAUUCAUGGAAACAUAAGAAACACGGAUAUCAUGAAUAGAGGUUGGCCAGGAUGCUCGGUUAUUCCCUGAAAGCAUCCAUUACUAGCGCGGAAUAUUGUAACAAGGCGAACUUUCUAGUCUUAUCGCAACUCCCUUUUUCGCGAGAACUGAAGGGAAAAAUAUUAGGCUCAGACAUCAGCCGUGCUCGUGAUGUAGUGAAGCUUGAGUGUUUAGCUGGUUGCUGACAUUAGAUCCUCUUUGCAGAAAGAUAUGUGUUUCUUGUUCUAGAUGGUCAGAACAAAAAAGUUGACAUGUUCAAAGCUUCAAUAUUUCUAUUUGAGGGGGAAAAAACUUGUCUUUAUCAGGAUGCUGUGGAAAAUUUUGAUAGUUUCUGCAUCUUUGGAAAUGACACACUAAUUAUAUGGACUUACUUUCAUUGGGCAGCUUUCAAA